CGGAAACACGUGACUUUGACACAUCGCAGCCAAGCCGUUUCGCUUCCGAUUAUGUGAAACGGUUUGGAAACGAUAUUUCCACUCCGACAUUGUAACAUACGCACUGUAGUCCGAUAUGACGGUCGACUUGUUCCAGCCCACGUGAAUUCCAGCUGCAUGGUUUCUGUAAUGGACAGCACCUCUGCUUUUCAGUGAUAUCUGAAUGUCUAGCGCCAUGCUGCUGUACGCUUCGUUAGGCUUUCUGUCUCUGCUGUGCGCUGGCCCGGCGCUGGGGGAUUCCGGUUUUGCACCACUGGACGGCGCACCGCCUUCUAAAAUCGCUGUUAUUGGUGCUGGAAUCGGAGGAACCGCGACAGCGCAUUUCCUGCGGCAGCAUUUCGGACCGGAAGUGCGCAUUGACGUGUUCGAGAAGGGGGAAGUCGGUGGUCGCCUGGCAACCGUCACCGUUAACAACCAAGCCUACGAAACUGGCGGCUCCAUCAUCCAUUCCCUCAACUUGCACAUGCAGGAUUUUUUGAAGCAGCUGGGCCUGAAAUACCGGAAAAGUGUGGCAGGCAAGAUGGCCGUGUUUAACGGGAAAGAGUUCAUACUGGAAGAGACCGACUGGUACUUGCUGGACCUUUUCCGCCUGUGGUGGCGUUAUGGAAUCAGCUUUAUCCGGAUGCAGAUGUGGGUGGAGGAGAUCAUGGAGAAGUUUAUGAGAAUCUAUAAAUACCAGGCACAUGGCCAUGCGUUCAGUUCAGUGGAUGAGUUGCUCGAUUCUCUGGGCGGUUCAGGAUUUCUCAACAUGACCCGUCGCUCUCUGUCCGAGUCUCUUUUGGAGUUGGGUGUGUCUCAGCGGUUUAUUGAUGAAGUCGUGGCUCCAAUUAUGUGGGUCAACUAUGGCCAGAAUGUCAGUAUGCCAGCAUUUGUAGGUGCUGUUUCUCUGGCUGGUGCACAAGCUAAUCUGUGGGCUGUAGAAGGAGGAAAUAAAUUAAUUUGCUCUGGACUUCUAAAACUAGCAAAGGCCAAUCUGAUCCAAUCACAAGUGACUACAAUUUCCCUUCAGUCAUCAGGUGAAUCCCACCAGUACAAGCUCAGUUACAACACUAAGGAUGAGAUUGCAUCAGAUAUCUAUGACAUAGUUAUCAUCGCCACUCCUCUCCAGCAAAACGUCAACUCUGGAAUCUCUUUCCAAGGCUUUGAACCCCAGCUACCGGAGUUCACAGGGUCUUACCACACAAUGGUAGCCUCUAUCAUCCACGGUUAUCUCAACUGCACUUACUUUGGCUUCCCUGACCCCAAGCUUUUCCCCUUCACAAGUGUGCUUACCACGGAAGCUGCUGAUCUCUUUUUUAACAGCGCCUCUAGCAUCUGCCCCGUCAAUAUCAGCGCUGGCUUUCGCCGCAAACAGCCACAUGAGGCCAGAGUCUACAAAGUCUUCUCUCCUAAACCACUGGAAAAGCAGGAGCUAAAGACCCUUUUUAAGUCUUACUACUCUGUGCAGGCUGUUGAAUGGAAGGCGUACCCUCGUUAUGGAAGCUCUCAGGAGAAGCCACCUAUGAUCCUGCACGACAGUCUUUACUACCUCAAUGGAAUUGAAUGGGCAGCCAGUGCCAUGGAGAUGAGCUCUGUGUCUGCUAAGAACAUUGCACUUCUGGCUUACCAUCGCUGGAGCAGGCAGCUUGAAAUGAUUGACCAGAAGGACCUCAUGCACAAGAUCAAGACAGAACUGUGAUUGUUUUUAUUAUUAUUAUUAUUUAUUUUUUUUAAUUUUUUUUUGACAACCACAGUUUUCUGGUACAAUUUGGCCAGUACUAGUUAAAGACUUUUGCUCACUGUCUAAAGUCAAGGACUUAAUUUUGGAGCACAAGGCCAUUUACAGAAUUUCCAGUCUUUCAAAGGUUCUGUUUUGAUAAAACAGUUACUACUGUAUUUUUUAAAAAAAAGUCACAGACCUUAAGUGAUUUAGUAAAACCUAUUAAUGUUUUAGCCCUAAAUUUGCGGUUUGCUUGAGUGAUCACUAGUGUGAAUAAAGGUGUUAUGCUAUA